GAUGAACGGCGAAGCAAGCCCACCGCAAAGUGGAAGACUCCCCGGAUUGACCGAUCGAUCGCUCUCUCUCUCUCUCCCUCUCUCCCUUUCUCUCUCUCUCCGUCUCUUUCCUUCGCUCCCCUUCUUUGAAAUUUUCUCCUCUCCUCCGGUCCUGCGCUCGUGAUUCCAUCUGUUCUUCUGUAAAAACCCAACGUUGUUCUCCUGUUCUCGAUCGACUGAUCCCAAUUCCAAUCCCAAUAGGAAUCCUCCUCUAUUUCGGUUUCUUCUUCUUCUCGAUAUAUGUACGAGUAGGUGGUUGGGAUUUGUAUAGAUAGACCGGGAGAGAUAUCGAGGAGGGGAUGGCGAAGCUCUACGUUCAGGCGGUGCCGCCGGCGGAUCUGAACAAGAACACGGAGUGGUUCAUGUAUCCCGGGGUGUGGACGACCUACAUCCUUAUCCUCUUCUUCUCGUGGCUCCUCGUGCUAUCGAUCUUCGGCUGCACCCCCGGGAUGGCCUGGACCAUGGUCAAUCUGUUCCACUUUGCGAUCACCUAUCACUUUUUCCAUUGGAAGAAGGGAACUCCCUUUGCUGAUGAUCAGGGUAUUUACAAUACCUUGACAUGGUGGGAGCAGAUGGACAAUGGCAAGCAGCUUACUCGUAAUCGGAAGUUUUUGACUGUCGUACCUGUGGUUCUGUAAGUAUUCUUGUAAUAUUCGCAUUCCAUUUGACUUCCAGUUUGUGGACAUGUGAAAUCAUGAGGGACCAUUUGCACAAUGAGACUGCAGUUAUUUAGAAAGGCAUGAGCCACUAUGAUUUUAAUAAUUUGU